AAUCAAACCAAUUGGUUUCCGGGGUUUGCGAAGCUGCACCUCAAUUCUUUAACCCAAUCUUCUUAAUUUACGGCUGACGUUCAAAUUCGUUCAAACGCCUUAGGCGCAAGUCAUAUACAUUGUCGCCAAAUGUAUACGGAACCGGCGAUUAUACACUACCAUACCUCCCUACAUCGAAAGGGAAACCACCUAUGUCUCCCGUCUUGACUUCGCAAUGUCGUCGAGCCGCCCAUCGUCAUCUCAAUGCACAACACGAUAGCAUCUGGCUCCCAGAGGCUCUCCUCGCCAUUCCCUUCGAACGAUUCUGCGUGACGUCGAGAACGGUUGCCCGAUAUGGCUCGUCUGUUCCCGGGCCGAUGGAGAGCAGGAGACGUAUGGGGAAAAGACGCAUGGGAGAGUUGAGCUUUGAACAAUCACAUUCUGCCUCACCUUUAUGGGGACUCGAUAACCUACCCGACCUAUCACAAUGGCAAUGGAAACCACCAUCGUCACCGAACGAACGACUUCGGCACCAGCAAAAUAAGAGCUCCCAAGAACGGAACUUGAUACAACAUAUAACAGAUUGGCUUGCUGGAACUACCCUCAAAUCCUCAAAUGCCGCGGUAACAAGCUUAAAUACGGGUGAAUCUAUACAAAGUUUAGGAGAGGGAAAUACGACGUAUAUACCUGAGGUUGCCGAGCAUUCUCUACCUAAAAUUCUUUGGGACGCCCAAAGCACCCAUGUGGAAGUUAUCGAGGUCGGGUUGAUUCGAAUUUCACGGGACCUAUUGUCUUCGCCGUCGACGCGAUCGAAUUUCACACAUUUUUGCGACGCAUGGGAAAUCCAUCUAGCCGAUGGAUUCUUCUCUGGCGAAACCAUCUGCGCCGUACUAGAAGGUAUCCGAAAUGGCCUCGACACGCAACAUACGAACGACGGGAUACCUCUAAACAGGGUAGCAGCCGAUAACUUCAUGCUAUGCCUUCUUGAAGCAACAAUUGCAGGUCUGUCCGGUCGCUCAACUCAUGGGCUUCAUGAUCGUGACUCUUCGGACUGCCUUGCUUGGGGCCACAUUCUACAGAAAAUAUCCGAAUUGCAAAUUAACAGCAUGCGAAUUUUCACAGAAGCUAUGGCGCGGAUACCAGGUAGCUACUUCGACGACACGUCUACGAGCGUUUUGGCGAAUUUAUACGCCUUCAUGGCCUCGGGGGCCAAAUGCAAGCGCUCAUCAACGUUGAUCCGGCAGGUCAAUAAAAUGGCUAGACCCCUUGCAAGGCUCAAUGUGGCCAAUCACUCCCACAUAUUUGAAAAAUGUACUCAACAUAUUUUGGCGCAUAGGCGAUCGAAGGAGUUAAACUACCCCCAAAUGCGAUCUAGCUGGCUGCAACUCCUGGCUAGAUUGCCGAUUAUAGAUGAGAACUAUCUAGCGAGUGUCUGCUCUCAACUUGAAGCUGGCAGAGAGACUGAGCCCAUUUCAAACCAUGAAAUCUGUGAAAUUUUUCUGGUCAAGCAUCGUUUGUCCUUUGAGGAGAAAACAAUAUUACGCCAAGCCAUCCAAAAUGAAGACGAUCGAGAUUGCUAUAAAUGCCUCAGUAUAACAUUAUGGCAGAUGGGACAUUUCGAUUAUGUGAAGGGUCUUUGUGAAUUUCUUAAGAGGCUUGGACGAGAGCAAGACGUAAUGCUCCUAGUCAAAGGAUUUCGGAAUUUAGCAAGAACUCCAGCGACCCCCCUCGUAAAUCUCGCCGUUGGUGCGGGCGAUCCUGCACUAGCUAUAGAGAUAUUUGGUUUCUACGAAAAAGCCAAAGGCAAUAGUUGGGAAUUUUGGAAUACUAAAUUCUCCACCGAGAUCUUGAGAACUCUCACAAGGAGUCGAUCUAUAAACCCAAUCAAAAUUUUAGAUGCGUUAGCACUAGGACAUUCACCGAGACGGGGGGGGCGGAACCACAGGAAGCUUGAGAUUACAAAAGCAACCAAGGCAGCAAUGGCGUUUGCUGUUUCGCCGAGUGUCUCACCUAGGAUUUCGUUUAGACUAAUAUCGCAGUGCAUUAAGCACCUCCAAAGGAAUCAUGACGGCAUGGUACCACGCGCAGCCUUAAAAGCGCUAUUUCACAAUAUUACAAGGGAUCUACCCGAAGGCAGGCCCGGCAGGACUCUCCGACUGCGAUGGUUUCUGUCUUUGUUACAAAGGCGGAUGGGUCGAGAGAAGAUGGUACGGGUAGCAAUAUCUCUUAGGCGCUGGCGGAAACUUAGCGGUCGCACGAAAUUAGAGUAGAAUAAUCGGAUGAGGCGCCGGCCGAAACUGGGAUGGGCCAGAGACAAGGCCGGUUGUUAGGUUCGCCCGUGAGAUGAGGGCCGACUUGGUAGACGUUGAUCAUUUAAGUGUUUGGAUUCCGUUGCGUGUGGCGUAUUCGCGCACGCCGGUGUAUGGAUAUACAUAGUAGAUAUAUACCCCCAAGUAUAUAUACAUAAAAUACGAACAGUACUUUACCUAAGGUACUAAUGUGAACA